AUCACAGAUGGCAUCCUGCCUACUCUGCCAGCUGCAGGAAACAGCCCUGCUGGGUGAACUGGACUCACGUUCAAGGGUUGGCUGAUUCAACACAGCUCCCCCGCAAAGCUGGAAGAGUAGAGACUUCAACUCCUGUCCAUGGCUUCCAACAAAUCCCUUGCUUCGAAGAUCUGCUGUUUAUGCUGCCAGGACUGUCAGGAGCCCCAGGCCAUGGAUGACUCCAGGGUUCCCAGUCAAACUCAAGCACGUCAGCCACACACCAGCAACGUACAGCUUCCAAAGGAUGAGCUGAACAAACAAAAUUUCAAACAUGCUAAUAGCAAUUCCUGCUUGCCUUUGGGACAACCCCUGGUCCGUCCAGAAAAUACUUCUUCCAGCAGCAGUGAGUUUGAGGAUGUCAAUGAAUAUGCUCCCCAAAGAGGUUUUUACAAGAGAAACCUAAACCGCUACUCACAGGAGCGCUGGCCGUUCCAGCCAUGCCUCAUCGGGAGACCCUGACCAUUCUAGUGGGCAGUCUGCAUGCAGGACCCUGAGCUGUGCAACUGUUGGGCAUCUCUACAAGGAAUCGCUGGUGAGCAGAAGUCAUGAUGACGGAUUCACAAACUCCCCUGGAGGAGAAGAUGUCUGAGCCAUGCCUGUGCACCUGCUGGAGUGCCUCCAGCUCCUGGGACAGCCAGGGCCGCAGAGGAGCUGCCUCCCAUUAAAAAUCUUUGGACCAUCU